GUUGACAGAUAAUAAUCAUUAUCAUUAUCCGAUUGAUAACUGAGGGCAAACAUUUUAUAGUUCAACCCACUGCGUUAGUAACGUGAGGAGGAUGUUCAAAUUGGAAGGAAAAGUCGCGUUAAUUACUGGAGGAGCGUCGGGAAUCGGUUUGUCUACCGUUAAGGAGUUACUGGCCAACGGUCUAAAGGCCAUUACAGUGGUAGAUUUUAAUGAAACCGCCGGUCAAAGGGUGAUUGAAGAAGUUACUGAGGAGUUUGGAGCAAACAGGGCUAUCUUCGUUAAAGCGGACGUUGGAAAUGUUACCGAAUUUAGAGGUGCCUUCGAAGCAACUGUGGAGAAGUUUGAUAAUUUGGAUAUCGUAAUUAAUAACGCUGGGAUAAUGAACGAAAUCGAAUGGGAAAAAAUGAUCAACACUAACAUUAAUGGAACCAUACACGGAAAUUUGUUAGCCCUCGAGUAUCUACAACGAAAAAGCUCAUCUGAAGGAGUAAUAAUAAACGUAGCCUCGGUCGCUGGUUUGCGUAUUGCAGGAUACAACCCGAUUUACACCGCCACGAAAUUUGCCAUUGUAGCAGCCAGUUGUUCCCUGAGUAUGGAAAAAAAUAGCAAUGUGAGGAUUAUCACCGUUUGUCCGGGACCAACUGAAACACCUAUAAUGGAAAACGUCAAAAGCAAAUUUAGUGAAAAUCAGGUGGAGGUUUUCGCGACUGUGGUGAAGGGGUAUCGUUUUCAAUCGUCGAGUCAUGUAUCAAAGCAAAUUUCAGCGAUAAUAGAAAGUGGGAUGAACGGAUCGAUGUGGGUGAUUGAGAAAGGGGAACCCGCGUACAAAAUUCGAAUGCCUCAGUAUGAGAAACUGAGACACCUGUAAUGAGUAAAACCAACAAAAUUAGCACGUUAUUUUUUUUAUAUAUACUUGGCCCUACUCUACCCCCUAAAAGACCGGUAUCUCAAUAAAUUUCUAUCCUUCUA